AUGGACGGCGCGGCAUCGAAAUCUCCGCCAUUAGCUGGAUUGAGGGUAUUGGAGUUCGCGGGUUUGGCGCCAGGUCCCUACGCCGGCCUCCUCUGCGCAGACUACGGCGCCUCAGUACUCCGCGUCGACCGCGCUCAUCCCAAAGCCCAUGGUGGCUCCGACCCUCCACCCGUAACACCCGACCAAUUAACCCGUCACAAAACCUCUAUCGCUGUAAACACGAAAACUCCAAAAGGUGUAGAACUCAUCAAAGCAAUCAUCCCCAACAUAGAUGUCGUCAUCGAUCCUUUUCGUCCGGGGGUUUUGGAGAAAAUGGGAUUAGGUCCGGAAGAAGUCUUGCUCAAAAUCAACCCGAAAGUGAUCGUGGCGAGAAUGACGGGUUUCAGGCGUGAUGGGAAAUAUAAAGAUAUGGCGGGGCAUGAUAUAAAUUAUAUAGCUGUGAGUGGAGUUUUGGGUAUGAUGGGGAGAGCUGGGGGGAAGCCUUAUGCGCCGGCGAAUAUUGUGGGAGAUUUUGCGGGUGGAGGUGCUGUGUGUUUUAUGGGGAUUUUGUUGGCGCUGCUGCAAAGGGAGAAGAGUGGGCAUGGACAGGUUGUGGAGGCGAAUAUGGUUGAUGGGAGUGCGCAUUUGGCUUCUAUGCCGAGGUUUGGGACCAAGACUCCGUUGUGGGAUCAAGAGAGGGGGACGAAUACGCUGGAUGGUGGGUGUCCGUACUAUGAUACUUAUGAGACGAAGGAUGGGAAGUAUAUGGCUGUUGGGGCAUUGGAACCGCAGUUUUAUGCUGAGCUUUUGAAAGGGUUGGGGCUUAAGCCGGAAGAUGCGUUCUCGCCGAAGGAUAGGCUUGAAAAGAGGACGUGGGACCACCAGAGGGUUGUCUUCACGAAGCUGUUCAAGGAGAAGACGCGAGCUGAGUGGGAGAAGGUGUUUGAUGGGACUGAUGCGUGUGUGACGCCUGUCAAGACACAGCAAGAGCUCGAGGAAGAAGGGUUCGAUCAACGUCCGAUUGUGACUUUGAAAUACACGCCCGGUCACGCAAUCCACGAUGGAGAGCCCGAAGGGCGUGAUCCAGCAACUGGUCAAGGUUGUGGUGUUGAAGGAAGUGGAUGGAGUUCAUCAGGCCUUUAUCCCGGCCAGGAGGGAGAGGAGACUCUCGGCCAGUGGAUGGGUUGGUACAGGGGGCGGAAUUAUACGGUGAAGGAGGGAGCUCUGGAGUUGAUUGAUCAGCCGAAGGCCCGGCUAUGA